GUAAGAUAUUUCUAUCUAAAUUAUGAAUUAAACCAAGUUUGAAGUAUGAUAUUUGAGGUAUGAUCCUUUAACCUAAAAUACAUAAUCUUUUAUUUUUCCUUUUUCCCCCUCAAUUUAACUUGCCGAACACUAAUUGAUGGGUGAAUUGAAUAGACUUCUGGUUUGAUUUUGGCUAAGUUGGGAGAAGUAUAACAAAGUUGCAAACAAUACGAUUUUAGCCAUUAUUCGUCUCGUCAUUUGUUUACAUGCUUUUAAAACUAGUAUUGACUAUACCUACUGCAAAUGUAAUCCGACUUAAGUUAAUUAAGAACGAUCUUCUAAAUUAGUUGAGUGAUCGAUUUAUGAAUGAUUUUUAGUUGCGUACAUAAAAAAAAUUGUUUGAUUUAUCCCAUUGCAUUCUAUCGUCUCGUAUUGUACUGUACCGUAUCUGACCAGAUACAUAAAUGAUGAAUAUAUUUGACAAAUCUUUUUUUUAUGUUUGUGAAAACUUUACAAAUCUUUUAAAAUAUAAAAAACAGUCGUAGUUUGCUUUGCUGCAGAACAAAUUUUUUUGUUAAAUUUAUGAAUAAAUUUGAACUUAUUAUAAUUUUAUACACGACCUUCCUUUAUGGUGUUGGGCACUUUCUGGAGAAAGAAAUUUUGUUCAUAAGGGCGGGGUAGUUAAAAAGAGGGAAAGAAAUGAUUUUGUUCAGAGACGGAACGAAAUACGGGGAAAGUACGAGUACGAGCUGCAAUUUCCCCGUUUGAGAAAAGCAUAGCAGAGACAACUCCGAACAAUUUUCCCGGCGAGAAGCCGACCAUUUAUUUACGGUGCAAUUCUUUACUUGACUUCCCACAAAAUCCCCAUUCAAGGUCUCAUUUUUCCUCCCCCGCCGCCGCCGCCGCCGCCGCCGCCAACUACUCCAACUCCUCCCUCCAUCGCGAUCAUCGUCGGAGCUCGGCAUAACUCAAUAGCAGAGCCAUGUACGCUUGUGCUCCCCCUUCCAGCUACAUUCCUCUAAAACUCUCUCCGGGAAUCCGGACCUCAAAGAACUUCAGCUCGUUCCGUUUGAAUAAGAGGGAUUUCAAGGUGCUCGCGGUGGCGAGUAUGAAUGAGGCGGCUAAUUUCAUACCAGCAGCUCCCAUUAUCCUUCCUCAAGGACCCUGGAAGGAGAUUCCUGGUGGUGUUACCGCUGCCAAUGGAUUCAAAGCUGCUGGCAUUUAUGGUGGGCUUAGAGCUAAAGGGGAGAAACCUGAUCUUGCACUUGUUGUUUGUGAUGUGGAUGCCAUAGCUGCAGGGGCAUUUACUCAAAACAUGGUCGCUGCAGCACCUGUAUUGUACUGUAAAAACGUAUUAAAUUUAUCACAAACGGCACGUGCAGUGCUAAUAAAUGCUGGCCAAGCAAAUGCAGCAACAGGAAAUGCUGGUUACCAAGAUGUGAUAGAAUGUGCUGAUGCUAUUGCUAAGCUGCUCAAGAUAAAGCCACAUGAAGUUUUGAUUGAAUCAACCGGUGUAAUCGGUCAAAGAAUUAAAAAGGAAGCUCUUCUUAGUUCACUGCCCAAAUUGGUUAGCUCAUUGUCGACCUCCACUGAAGGGGCAGGUGCAGCAGCAGUGGCAAUCACAACGACUGACCUUGUGAGCAAGAGUGUAGCCAUUGAGUCUCAGGUGGGAGAUGCAAAUAUAAGAAUUGGGGGCAUUGCAAAAGGUUCUGGUAUGAUACAUCCAAAUAUGGCUACCAUGCUCGGUGUAAUAACAACUGAUGCCCUUGUGGAAAGUGAAGUCUGGAGAAAGAUGGUGAAGAUUGCUGUCAAUCGUAGCUUCAACCAAAUAACGGUGGAUGGAGACACCAGUACGAAUGACACAGUCAUAGCGUUGGCUAGUGGGUUAUCUGGAAAAACCCCGAUAUCUUCUCUACAUAGCCAUGAGGCAGAACAACUUCAAGCAGGCCUUGAUGCUGUGAUGCAAGGCUUGGCCAAAUCAAUAGCUUGGGAUGGAGAAGGGGCUACAUGCUUGAUUGAGGUCACAGUAGUAGGGGCAGAAAGUGAGAUGGAUGCAGCAAAGGUUGCACGUUCAGUAGCAUCUUCGUCUCUUGUCAAGGCGGCAGUAUAUGGGAGAGACCCCAACUGGGGACGAAUUGCUGCAGCUGCUGGCUAUUCAGGAAUCCCAUUUGACCAAAACAAACUCCGCAUACUGCUCGGGGACACUCUACUGAUGAACAAUGGCCAACCAUUGCCGUUUGACAGGGCUGGCGCAAGUAAUUAUCUGAAGAAGGCAGGUGAGACCCAUGGCACUGUUGCCAUCCAGAUUUCUGUUGGCAAUGGAACAGGAGGGGGCCAGGCAUGGGGCUGCGAUUUGAGCUAUGAUUAUGUUAAGAUAAACGCCGAGUACACAACCUAGGCAAAACUCCUUCAUUGUAUGCCUUCCCGACAGAACUCCUACCAAAAAAAAAAACGGCAGACUAAAAUCUCUGCAAGGCACGCAGGAGUCUCAAGUUGCCUCGGGAUUAUCCAGCAAGCCUGAUGAGUUUUCACAAGAUAGCAACAUUGUUGUUAGAUUACUAUUUUAGUUUGAAGGCUUGCCAUCUUCUCAACUCUAUUCACCGAUACUUAGAAUCAU